AUGCCCUCAAAUGUUUCCAUUGGCAAUUAUGGCUCUGGCCCGCAAAAUGUGGCUACAGGCGACGGCCCUCAAAACAAUAACAACGCAGGUGGUGUACAGAUCAACAGUGGUAGUUUCUCUGGAUGGUUAGUCAACCCUUUCCUCGGCCAAGGCAAGGCUGAGACGCUGCAAGUGGAAAACCAGAGUGAAUUCUCUACUUCCAGUCAAGGGCAGCCACGCCAUCGCGAGGGAUUUCAAGUAGCAGUCAUCUGUGCUCUGGCACUUGAAUACGACGCAGUUUCAUUGCUCUUUGAUCAGUUUUGGGAUGAAGACGACGAGCCUUACGGGCGGGCCCAGGGAGACACAAACAUUUACACGACUGGCAAGAUCGGGAAUCACAAUGUUGUAUUGGCGCUUCUACCCAGCAUUGGCACAGCUGCCGGCGCAGGAGUAGCGGCCAGUUUCCGGUCCAGCUAUUCUGGCUUGAAAACUGCCUUUCUCGUGGGAGUCUGCGGCGGCGUCCCGAGUACGGGCCAGGACGAAGUGCUGCUUGGCGACGUGGUCAUCAGCAAGACGGUGGUCCAGUACAGCCUUGGGAGACAGUAUCCCGGUGCAUUCGUGGCCAAGGACACCGUGGGCGACAAUCUCGGCCGUCCGAGCAAAAACAUCCGCACCUUGAUCACCAGUUUCGAGACUGAGCGUGGAAGACGACGUCUGCGGCAGAAAGCCGGACAGUAUUUGAAGGACCUGCAACGCACAGCCCUGGAAGAGGGGCAUCGCCACAGCUAUCAAUAUCCAGGCGUUGCAGAAGACAAGCUGUUUGCGGCCACGUAUGUCCACAAACAUCGGGAGCUGCAAGCAUGUAGCUGCAGCUGCAGUGAGGAAAAGGACAGCUUUUGUGACGAGGCUGCCCAUGCGUCUUGUACUGAACUCGGUUGCAAUGAGGAACAGCUAGUACCAAGAAGGCGUUUGGAGACGAAAAGGAAUAUGGAUCCAGAUCGUGUGCAGUGUCCUGAAAUCUUGAUUGGCGGCGUGGCAUCUGGAGACACGGUGAUGAAAUCCGGGGAGCACCGUGAUCGAAUCGCCAAAGAGCGAAACGUGAUUGCCUUUGAGAUGGAGGGCGCUGGUGUUUGGGACGAGGUGCCGUGCAUCGUCGUCAAGGGAGUCUGUGACUACGCCGAUAGCCAUAAGAGCAAGAUGUGGCAGCCAUUUGCGGCGGCAACGGCGGCGGCUGUGCUCAAGGCAAUACUGGUACAAUAUCCAGUGACGGAUUUGCCGUCUUCUCAUCCCUCGUUUGCUGCUACUGCGGGAUCAAGUAGUUGA